AUGCCAUUCUCAAUUCAUUUUCGUAAUACUAUUCGCCAUUAUUUUGCGAAAAAACAUUCAAGUAUUAUUCAACAUUUGUCAAUGUGUCGAUGUCAACGUAAAAGAAAAUCAAAUAUUGUACAAAAGAUUAAUUCAAGUGAUAAAUCACAUUCAACAUCUAAACUAUUUAAUAAUUAUGAUAUGACUAUUUUACAUGAUGAUGAACUUAAUAAUACUCAAUUGAUUACACUACGUCGUCGUAAAAAGAAAAUUCCAUAUUGGGCAACAAAAGAUCAACUUCAAUUAGCAAUCAUAAAUCAAACUUAUUUUCAAGAUCAAAAUCCAGAAGAUAUAUUUGGUAGAAUAUUUAGUGUCUAUUCAAAACAUUCGAUUGUGAAUUAUGUAGGAUGUUUUAAAGAUAGUCGUCAUCAACGUAUAUUGAAUGGUCUUAUUAAACCUUUGACUUCAUCAUCUAUGACAAUUGCACUAUGUACGAAUUAUUGUGCUGAACAUGAUUUUAGCUUUGCUGGAUUACAAUUUAGAUCGGAAUGUUAUUGCGGUAAUCAUUUGGCAACGAAAACUCGAAGAGAACAAGAAAAUCAUAAUACAUCGAAUUGUUGUUCAUGGACAUGUUCAGGACAAUUGAAUGAAACAUGUGGUGGUCAUCUUUGUAGUUCAGUGUAUGCUAUUAAUAGCACUAUACAAAUGAAUUUUAUAGCUGCUACUCGGACUAGUUUACCCAUGUUACCAUCAGCCUGUCGAAGCAAUCCAUGUGAAUAUAGUGGAACAUGUAUUGAAAACACAUUGACAUCUAUGAAUAAUAGUUCUUAUCAAUGUCAAUGUUCACGAGGUCGUAUUGGAAUUAAUUGUGAAUACAUUGAUCCAUGUCAUUCAUCGGAUGUUUGUCCUCAUGGUGGCUGUAUUUCAUUUCCCGGAAAUGGUUCAUAUGCUUGUCAAUGUCGUUCGGAUACAUGUUCAUCACCACAAGCUAUUUGUGAUUCAUCAAAAAUAACAACAUUAACAUGUAAAUGUCCACCAAAUCAAUAUGGAGAACAAUGUGAAUUAGUUUGCCCAUGUCAACAUGGCGGUCGUUGUGUUAUUCAACAAGAUAAUUCAACUGCAUUAUGUCGAUGUGAUGAAUCACGUUUUUAUGGCGAUGUUUGUGAAGAAAUAUCACCAUGUGCAUCUCAACCAUGUUAUAUGGGUGGAACAUGUAUUAGAAAUGGAACAAGAUUUGUAUGUAAAUGUCCACAAAAUCGUUUUGGAAGUCAAUGUGAAAAAAAUGAUCCAUGUCAAACUCAUCCAUGCAUUGGAAAUAGUACAUGCUAUCGUAUCAAUGAUGAUGCAUAUAAAUGUGUAUGUGAUCAAGUUCAUACAGGAAAAAAUUGUCAAGAUAUUGUUCCAACUAUAAGUCGCUAUGGUUUAUUUCAUAGUGCAUGUGUUCGACCAAGUGAUUGUGAUAUUUCUCUUGGUUUAAUUUGUUUUCCUGAACGACGUUGUGCUUGUAUGGAAGGUUAUACAUGGACAAUCGAUAAGGAAAAAGCUCAUACAACAGGUAAAUGUGAAUCAAUAAAUACAUGUUUACAAUCUCCAUGUCUUAAUCAUGGUCAAUGUGAACAACGUAAUAGUACCAAUGAUUAUAUAUGUCAUUGUCGACCUGGUUUUGCUGGAAAACAUUGUCAAAUCCAAUCACGUGAUCGUUCAAAUCAAUGUUAUGCAGGUCUGUGUUUAAAUGGUGGUUCAUGUUAUGUUAAUCAUAAUGAUCAAAUGGAAUGUCUUUGUCCACCUGGUUAUAUGGGUCGUUAUUGUGAUGUAACUAUAGGUCCAUGUUAUUCAAAUCCAUGUCCACAUCCUGAAUCUGUUUGUUUAAGUGUUCAAGAUGGUUUUAUUUGUUUAUGUAAUGAUAAUCAAUUAUUAGAACCAUAUUGUAAUAUAUCGAAAUAUUGUCCUGGUUCAAUAUGUAAUGGUCGUGGUAUUUGUUAUAAUACAGUAGAUAGUAAUUCUUAUUGUCGUUGUUUGGAACCAUAUACAGGUACACGUUGCACAUUAAUUGAUACAUGUUCAACAGAACAAAAAUGUCAUCCAUCAGCAACAUGUAUUCCAAUGGAAACAGGAAGUUAUUGUGCAUGUCCACCUGAUAGAACAGGACCAACUUGUCAUGAAGAAUAUUGGCUUGAUCCAUGUUUAAGCAGUAUAACAACUUGUUUCCAUCAUGGAACAUGCACGUCAUCUCCUACUGCAUCAUUAUCAUCUUCUUCUUCUCAAUCAUAUAAAUGUGCUUGUACAGAAGCAUAUACAGGCCCACGUUGUGAAGUUGAAUUACCUUGUCCAUCACAACGUUGUCUUCAUAAUGGGACAUGUGAAAGAAAUGCUCAAUUUGGUUAUUUUGAAUGUUUAUGCACGUCUAAUUAUUUGGGAUCGAGUUGUGAACGAGCAUUACAAAUUACAACUUUACCAAGUCCAUGUGCAAUUUUACCUUGUUUUAAUGGUGGUUCAUGUUCAGAAACAUCGAAUGGAGGUUUUGUAUGUGUUUGUCUACCAAAUUUUACAGGUGUACGAUGCGAAGAUAUAGCACCAACAAUUACUUCAACAAUAGCAAUAAUAGCAACAACAGAGGCACCCAUCGUUCGGGCAAUUGAUUUAUGUAAAGAUAAUCCUUGUUUAAAUGCAGGAAAUUGUGUACUAAAUGGAGUUGGUGGAUUUAUAUGUAAUUGUCUUAAUGGAUUUAGUGGAAAUCGAUGUGAAGCUCGAGUUGAGAUUGCACCAUUACAAAGUCCAGUAUUUUCAUUGAUUAAUCUUGCUUGGAUUAUACCUAUUGGUUUACUUCUUCUUGUUGUUGUAACAAUGCUAAUUGGUUUUAUAUGUUGUCGAAGUUCAUCACGACGCGGAAAAGAAGAACCUGUUUAUAUGUUUGAUCAAGUGCCUUAUCCAACAACAGGUAUCACUGGACAUAAAAAAUAUCGGGAAUAUUCUAAUCCAGGUUUUGUUAUUCCAACAAAUAUGUCUCGAGAUUAG